CGUCAGUGUAAAACCGCACAAGAAACCGUUUUCCUUGCUUGAUUAAGUGAAUUUAUGUCCUUGAAUUGCUCCGCAUGAUUUGCUAUCAGCAUCGUUACUGAGAGAGUGUUCCUGCUACGUCGGGUGUGGUACGAGAACUUUCAAGAACAGCGAGCAGCAACAUGGCUUCCGCAAUCUGGAAAGAGACCAUCCAGUCUGUGCGGACCUGCCUUGUGGAUCGCGAUCCCGUUGCUUUCGGUGUCUGCACCGUCCCAGCACAAGAUUUCGGGUUGUUCUACGGCAAAGGCGACACUGCACGACAGCUGCAUCUGCGCACUGCAUCCGAUGCUGAAUUGGAGCAUCUGGCGCGUGCCUGCACAGCGGCCACCUUUGGGAUCAACCAGCAAGAUGUCUACGAUGAGACUUACCGCAAGGCCGGCAAAAUGGACGUCGAAGAAUUCGCCAGCAAAUUCGACUUGGAGCGCUCGGGAAUUUUGACGCAUAUCAAGGAUGGUUUGCUGGAUCACACCAACUAUGGAAGGCCUGUCGACUGGGAACUUCACAAACUGAAUGUUUACGGCAGCGGAGGUUUCUUCAAAGCGCACAAAGACACUCCACGAGGCGCUUACAUGUUCGGAUCGCUUGUGGUCGUCUUCCCUACGAAACAUACCGGCGGAGAAUUGAAGCUGCGUCACGGCGGAAAAGAGUGGACGUUCGAUUCGGCUAAAGAGUUAGCUGCUGCUACAGAGCCGUCGAUCGGAUACAUCGCCUUCUUCAGCGAUGUAGAGCACGAAGUGACCGUCGUGCAGUCCGGGUAUCGUGUGACACUGACUUUUAACCUUUACUUUGGCGGAACUCCUUCUCCAUCGAAAGCACUGAACAACCUUGACAUCAACCGUGAAAAUGCCUUCAGAACCAGACUGGCGAAGUUGCUAGCUGAUCCGAAAUUUUUGCCGAAAGGCGGCUGGAUCGGCUUUGGUCUGCAGCACGAAUACCCGGUUAAUGCCAACACUGAUCUGCGCACUUUAAUGGAACGUCUGGAGGGCAGCGAUGCGCUUGUUAAGAAAGUCGGCGAGCAGUUAUCGUUACCCAUCCAGCCGAAAAUGAUGACCCAGAAAGGCGGGUACUACGUCGGCGACUACUACCACGAAGACGAUUACUCGAGAAAAAAUUAUGCUGACGAUCCGGACUUUUUGGCCGUGCUGACUGACCAUGUGGUUGACCUUUCGAAGUACGGUGAUGCGUUGAGAAAUGGUGUCCGCGUGUUGAAGAAGGAAGAAGGGGCCUUGAUUCUUCCCUAUCCAGAUGGCACAGCGGUUAAACGUUGGGACGCUGGAAAGAAGAAGAGAGUCAAGUGCUCCAUCGACAUUCGGUGGAUUACCAAAUCGACAUUGUACAACAAAGUGAAAACCACAUACAUCGCAUACAACAAAGUGAAUAUCAAAUUCCGCGGAUAUAGGGAUUUUUACACUGUUGGUUACCUGUAUGGUACUGUUUGCUUUGCUGCCAACAUCGGUCCUGCCGGAAAGCGUAUUAAUAAAAGUAAAGCCGUUCCGGAUGAGUGAAGACUGGAUAAAACCUUUGUUCCACGGUAAUUAACAGGUGUGUUUUGAUUAAUUUCGUUUACUCCUUUUUUAUAUCCUUUAUCACUCCGCUUGUUUUGCACUUGUUCUUCACAUGAACCGAAUAUCUCGCUCCUCGGAACGCUCCUCUGAACAACUGACAUUGUUUUCCUGUGAUCGAGUUUUUUACCUUUUUUCUAGGCGUGAAUUCUUUUCUUUUGAAUGAGUUUUUUUAUCUUUUUUCUUAGCGUGAAUAUAGGCUG